CCCGCCCUCCGCCCGCCGCGGCCCGCGGCGCGGGCCCGCCGCAGCGCAGCCGCUCUGAGUGACUCUUGAUGGAAGAGCACGGGGUGAGCCAGGCAGAGCACAUGGCUACCAUCGAGGCGCACGCCGUGGCCCAGCAGGUGCAGCAGGUGCACGUGGCCACCUACACGGAGCACAGCAUGCUGAGCGCCGACGAGGACUCGCCCUCCUCGCCCGAGGACACCUCCUACGACGACUCCGACAUCCUCAACUCCACGGCGGCCGACGAGGUCACCGCUCACCUGGCGGCUGCAGGCCCUGUGGGGAUGGCAGCAGCUGCUGCUGUGGCGACGGGGAAGAAACGGAAGCGGCCGCACGUGUUUGAGUCCAACCCCUCCAUCCGCAAGAGGCAGCAGACACGAUUGCUCAGGAAGCUGCGGGCCACGCUGGAUGAGUACACCACCAGAGUGGGGCAGCAGGCCAUCGUCCUGUGCAUCUCACCCUCCAAACCCAACCCCGUCUUCAAAGUGUUCGGUGCUGCGCCCCUGGAGAACGUGGUGCGCAAGUACAAGAGCACCAUCCUGGAGGACCUGGAGUCGGCGCUGGCCGAGCACGCCCCGGCCCCUCAGGAGGUCAACUCAGAGCUGCCCCCCCUCACCAUCGAUGGCAUCCCCGUCUCCGUGGACAAGAUGACCCAGGCACAGCUGAGAGCCUUCAUCCCCGAGAUGCUGAAGUAUUCCACGGGUCGUGGGAAGCCAGGCUGGGGCAAGGAGAGCUGCAAGCCCAUCUGGUGGCCCGAGGACAUCCCGUGGGCCAACGUCCGCAGCGACGUCCGCACGGAGGAGCAGAAGCAGCGGGUGUCCUGGACCCAGGCCCUGCGCACCAUCGUCAAGAACUGCUACAAGCAGCACGGGCGCGAGGACCUGCUCUACGCCUUCGAGGACCAGCAGACGCCGCAGACCACGACCACGCACAGCAUCGCCCACCUGGUGCCCUCCCAGACCGUGGUGCAAACCUUCAGCAACCCCGACGGCACCGUGUCCCUCAUCCAGGUUGGCACGGGUGCCACGGUGGCCACGCUGGCCGACGCCUCCGAGCUGCCCACCACGGUCACCGUGGCACAGGUCAAUUACUCUGCGGUGGCUGACGGAGAGGUGGAGCAGAACUGGGCCACGCUGCAGGGAGGGGAGAUGACCAUCCAGACGACGCAGGCCUCGGAGGCCACGCAGGCGGUGGCAUCGCUAGCCGAGGCGGCGGUGGCGGCGUCGCAGGAGAUGCAGCAGGGAGCCACUGUCACCAUGGCACUCAACAGUGAAGCCGCUGCCCACGCCGUAGCCACGCUGGCCGAGGCCACCCUUCAGGGAGGGGGACAGAUUGUCCUGUCUGGGGAAACUGCAGCAGCAGUGGGAGCGCUCACAGGAGUCCAGGAUGCCAAUGGGCUGGUGCAGAUCCCGGUGAGCAUGUACCAGACGGUGGUGACCAGCCUGGCGCAGGGGAACGGCCCGGUGCAGGUGGCCAUGGCGCCGGUGACCACGCGGAUCGCGGACACGGCCGUCACCAUGGACGGGCAGGCGGUGGAGGUGGUGACCCUGGACCAGUGACCCGGAGCAGCCCCACCCUGCCCAGCCUCCUCCUCUGCAGUUUUUUUACGCCUCUCCAGAGAUGCAAUCAGGUGGCAUUUGAGUCUCCCAGCUUUGGAAA